UGUUGCCAAUCUCUCACUCAUAUUGAUCACAUAAACUUUAGUAGUUUACCCUGAAACCAUCCAAAUAGCAUCUGGGCGGCCGUCCUUUUGUUUUCUAGUUGUUGUUCUGUAAAGAAAAACUGCAAAAAAAUCUCCACUUGUACCUGUAGAGAUUCCCCAAACAGUAUUCCUGCCGCUGUAAUUUUUAAGGAAAUUGAAGGUAAGCUUGCUGAUUACUGUCUGUAUUGGUGGAAAAUUGCAACUGGGUAUUGGGUGCCCCAUUCUCUUGUUCUGGAGAUAAGGCACUGUUUGGUUUAGGGAUUGAUUUGUUUUGUGGAUAUCUUCUGUUCUUCUUGUUUGCUUUGAUUUCACGUGAAAUGCCAAACUUUUGGAAAGCCCUAAGGAAUAGUAAUCUGUAUUAACUGACAAGCUUGUUGAGCUUUUGAGUUCUUAUAGUGGGUAUCGUGUGGAAGUCUUUUUAUCCCCUUACAGAAAAACUCUGAUUGGCUGGAAUUUUUUUUGGGUUUUUUAGGGACAGAUCUGUGAGGCUAGGAGUGGGCAAGACAACAUAAUCUGAUUUGUUGGGAAACAAGCUUCAUCACUUGUUUACUUUCUGCCAACAGUAGAGGGGAAAGAAGAAAGAAUCAACAACAUGAUUAUGGUAUAGUUUCUGGCCUUGCCUAUUGGGGUUUUGUGGUGGUUUGUGAUUGUGAGGUCUCCAAAUCCAUAGAUUAUCAUAUCGUUCGUUGACCAUGCAAUUCACUUUAGUUUCUUCAUAGAUUGGAGUUGUUCUGUAGUCUUAAAUCGUGCUUUCCGGGGAUUUGAAUCUGAAGUUCAAUGGCUUGGAGGAAGGAUAAAUAGGUUUAGGGAGUGACAAUAUUCAGUCUGAGGAUUUGAAGAGAGGGGAAAAAUGGCUGCAAAACUCUUAUAUGCGUUGACCGAUGAAAACCCAGAUUUGCAAACCGAAAUAGGAUGCAUGAACGGGAUCUUUCAAAGGUUUGAUCAUCAACAUGUCGUUCCUGGUAGGCGCAGCGUCAGUGAACAAAUCCCCCAGAGGCACACUUCUGGUUAUCAACCAGAAUCUAAUCACAUAUAUCAGUACCCAACCACAAAGGAGAAGUAUUCAAACAAAAAUGCAAACGAGAAACAAAGACUCUCAAUGGAAUCAUCCCGAGCCUCUAUCAUGUCCUCCUCUCGUUCAUCGUCCUUCUCUUCCCUCGACUACAGAAUAGCUCAACCGGAAUCCUUACCCUUUGACCAAACCAUGUUCCCCGAAACUCCUUCAAGAUACCCCACAAUGAGCCAAUCGAGCACCUCUCCAAGGAUGGGACGCCGAUCCCUUGAUCUUCGCGAUGUCGUCAAGGAGUCCAUGUACAGAGAAGCAAGGGGCAUAUCAGUUAAAACCACAGACAAAGAGGAGCUGUCUGAUCGUGUGGUGAGAAAGGAUAAAGACUCCCCAAGGCUUCUGCAGCAUUCCAAAUCCUUCGGUGGAACGCAAAAUCAUCCCGCCGAUCUCAAGGAGUCUGUAAGGGCUCUUGCUAAACUGAGAGAAUCACCUUGGUAUGUCAAUGAAAUUGGAGACCGUUCAAGACCAUCAUUUGAAUCGGCGGAUGGGUCAAUAUUUUCAGCUCCAAAAGAUUCCCCUAGGUUUUCUUACGAUGGAAGGGACCUAAACCGGUUUUCCUUUGAAUCAAGGGACGAAUUCAAAUCAGCGCCAAAGCUUAAAGAGCUUCCGAGAUUAUCAUUGGAUAGUAGAGAGGGUUCAAUGCAUAGUUUCAACUCUGAUUCAAAAUCAAGCUUCCUUUUGAAAAAUUCGGUCAAGGAAGGUGGCAACUCCAAACGACCUCCUAGUGUUAUUGCAAAACUGAUGGGCUUGGAAACGCUACCGUAUCAGUCCUUCGAUAGUGAUAAUAAGAUAGGAUUGAUCAAAACAACCCCUGUUGAGAGUCCUGACCCCUUUUUGAGGUCAUCACGAGUGUCCAAUUCUCCACAGAGCUUUUGGAACGAACCGGCUUCGCCACGUUGGAAGAAUCCAGACUCAGUUAUGAAACCCAUUUCAAGUUCGAGGGUCCCACUUGAGCCAGCACCGUGGAAGCAAUUAGAAAGGAGCCGGGGUUCUGAGAAGCCUGCUUCUAGGAGUGUGAAAUCUCCAACAAGGGCUAGUGACUCCUUUACUUCUGUUUAUAGUCAAAUUGAUAAAAGGUUGAAGGAUCUUGAGUUCAAUGAAUCGGGAAAGGAUCUCAGAGCUCUUAAACAGAUACUACAAUCAAUGCAGGCAAAGGGGCUCUUAGAUACCGGACGACAAGAUCAAGAUUCUAUCUUUGCAACUCAAACAAGUCCGCGUGUAAAUGCUGGAAUGGUAAACCAACAGAAGCCACAUGAUCAUCGUGUUACUAAUUCAACAGAAAGGGGCUUUACUUUUUUGAAGAACAUUGAAUUACCAAUCGUGAUUAUGAAACCAGCGAAACUUGUGGAGAAACACGGUAUUCCUGCUUCUUCAGUAAUCGCGAUGGAUGGCUUAUCUGGUCUCUCUAAACUCAGGGGUGGUGACUAUGCACAUGGCAGGAAGGGUUCCAUUAUUACUAGCCAUACACCUAAAGAACAGGUUCUGCAAACCGGUGGCAGAGGAAAUGGAGUCAGUUCAACUGAUACCAAGAAAACCAAUAACAGAAAUUCAAAAUCAGCACAAAGUUCAACACAGUCUCAACAUUUAUCGAAAGAGAACAGCACAAGUUUGGUGAAGACCUCAGGAUCCGUGAGCCCAAGAUUGGAUCAGAAGAAGCUUGAGUUGGAGAAGCGGUCUAGGCCGCCUAUCUCACCUGAUUCCAGCAAAUCAAGAAGGCAACCCAACAAGCAGCAACCGGAGUCCAGUUCUCCGGGAGGAAAACGUAGGCCACGAUCAGUGAAUUUGCAGCAAAAUGAUGACCAAUCGAGUGAAAUCAGCUGCGAAACUAGGUAUCUCAGUUAUGAAGAGGACGUAAUUUCUAUGGGACCGGAUGGAAUUAUUGGGUCAGACUCAGGGACGGAUACAGAAGUCACCAUUUCAGAGCAAUGUGCAGAGACGAAAGCCAAGCAUGAAGUUAAUGGUUUGGUACAAAAGAAAUUAGCUCCAAGGUUGAUCGAAGAUGGAGCAUUGGCGGAAUUUCCUAUAGUUGCUACUGAGAAUCCUAGUCCUGUCUCUGUUCUUGACGACACAGUGUAUGGGGAUGAUGCGCUGUCCCCCAUUAAACAGAUAUCGGGCUCUUUCAAAGAUGGCGACACUAUGAAUUAUAAUGACGACUGCAGUAGAGACCCAUGGAGUCCAGAAGAUAAUCUCAUGUCCAAUAGCUCCAAUUUUGGUCUCAAGUCAGGAAUUGAUCGCAUGAAAUUGCAGAACAUUGCGAACUUGGUGCAGAAGCUUAGACAAUUGAACUCAAGCCACAAUGAAGCCAACACUGAUUAUAUCGCCUCUCUCUGUGAAAACACAAACCCAGAUCACCGAUACGUAUCUGAGAUAUUAUUAGCUUCCGGUCUUCUCCUAAGGGACCUAAACUCUAGCCUGACAACAUUUCAGCUUCACCCAUCCGGUGACCAUAUAAACCCAGAGUUAUUCUUAGUCUUGGAACAAACCAGGUCAAGCAGUUUACCAAAGGAAGAAUCCAACAUCAAAAACUUUGCUCAUUUGAAGCACGAAAAAGAAAAGUUUCACCGAAAGCUCAUAUUUGAUGCCGUUAAUGAGAUUCUCAUAGAGAAGUUCCCUUCAGUCGGGGGUUCAGCCGAGCCAUGGUUGAGGAGAAAUAAACUCGCCAGGAAAUCCCUGACCGCACAAAAGCUAUUAAAGGAGUUGUGUUCAGAGAUAGAAAAUUUUCAAGAGAAGAAAUCAGGUUGUGGGUUAGAAGAUGGAAAUGACGGUUUGAAAAGCAUCUUGUGUGGGGAUCUGAUGCAUGGCUCGGAGAAUUGGACUGAUUUUCGCGGUGAGAUCUCUGGGAUGGCGUUGGAUGUGGAGCGUUUAAUCUUUAAGGAUUUGAUUGGUGAGAUUGUUAAUGAGGCGGCCGCUGGUUUGAGAACUAAUCCGGGUAGGCAUCGCAGGCGGCUUUUUGAAUAGCGUUAUUUCUUGGGUUUUCCUCGGUUCUUUUUGCUUUUCUUUUGUUUUUGCUUUCCUCUUUGUUAUUUGUUUUGUUUUCCAUUCUCUUCUUUUGAUCAGAAGAAUAAGAACUGAAACUUCCCGGUUGGAUUGUAAAGAAAAUUUCCUUCUGGAGUGAAUUAUUUCAACAUGGUUAUUGAUAA